GCAACUGGAAUGAGCGAGAAAGAGCGCGUGGGAGACGUGAGAUAUAAAUAAAUCGCUAUCGUCUUCGCCUUCUCCGCCACACUCACACUCAUUACACACACUCACCUUUCUGUUACCCGAGUCGAAUCGGUGAGUGAGUCAAAUCGGAGCCAGUCAUCACCAUGUCGGACGAGGAGCACCACUUCGAGUCCAAGGCCGACGCCGGAGCUUCCAAGACCUAUCCACAGCAAGCCGGUACCAUCCGCAAGAACGGUUACAUCGUCAUCAAGGGCCGCCCCUGCAAGGUUGUUGAAGUUUCAACCUCCAAGACCGGUAAGCACGGUCACGCUAAGUGCCACUUUGUUGGAAUUGAUAUUUUCACUGCCAAGAAGCUCGAAGAUAUCGUGCCCUCCUCCCACAACUGUGAUGUUCCCCAUGUGAAUCGUACUGACUACCAGUUGAUUGAUAUUUCUGAGGAUGGAUUUGUGAGCCUGCUUACUGAAAACGGCAACACUAAGGAUGACCUGAGACUCCCCACUGAUGAUAGUCUGCUUACUCAGAUAAAGGAUGGAUUUGCUGAGGGUAAGGACCUUGUUGUGUCAGUGAUGUCUGCCAUGGGAGAGGAGCAGAUCUGUGCCCUGAAGGAUAUUGGUCCAAAGAACUAGCGUUUUUAUGUUAUUAGCAAAGAUAUUUUUGUAUGGUCUUGUUCUACACUUGGAUUUAUUGAGGUUGCUCAGACUAGUCACUAGUCUUACUAAAGCUGUUUAUGGAUGUGACAGAAACCCUCUUAAAAUUUUUAUGCUUGAUAUUGUUUUUCUAAA